GCUUUGUAAAAAGACAAAAAUAAAAAAAUCUAAGAUAUGAAGAAUUAUAGACAUUAUCUGCUCCAAAAAUCGUGGCUUAUCGGUGUGGCCAUCGGAGGUCUACUAAUAAGCGGACUGAUACUAUCCGGCCUCAUACACUCCGGUGAGACCACCUUCCUCUGCUCCUCGGCCAGCUCCAGAACUCGUACUAUGGCAGAGUAUGCGGCGACGCCGAUCCAGCUCCAAGCCAUCGUCCACUAUGCCACCUCAAAAAUCGUCCCACAGCAAUCUUUGGGUGAAAUCUCCGUCACCUUCGACGUCCUCAAGGCUCUCGCACCUUGCAAAUUCCUCGUCUUUGGUCUCGGGCAUGACUCUCUCAUGUGGAAUUCGCUCAAUCCACGUGGCACCACCAUAUUCCUCGAAGAAGACCCAAAAUGGGUGCAAACCGUCCUCAAACACGCCCCUACUCUCCAGGCUCACACCGUAAAGUACCGGACGCAGCUUCAGGAGGCAGACCGGCUUCUCGCCACGUACCGGAGCGAACCAUACUGUUCGCCAAGUAAAGCAUAUUUGCGCGGUAACUAUAAGUGCAAGCUCGCAUUGACUGGAUUACCGGACGCAGUGUACGAUAAGGAGUGGGAUCUGAUCAUGAUCGAUGCACCGCGAGGAUACUUCGCGGAGGCACCGGGAAGAAUGGCAGCGAUAUUCUCUGCGGCGGUGAUGGCUAGAGCGAGGAAAGGAUCUGGUGUGACGCACGUGUUCCUGCAUGACAUAAACCGGAAGGUGGAGAAGGUUUACGCGGAGGAGUUUUUAUGCAGAAAGUAUCUGGUAAAGGGCGUAGGUAGGCUAUGGCAUUUCGAAAUACCGCCUGCAGCCAAUGCGACCACCGCGGGUGGCGAAUGGUUUUGCUAGAAGCCACCCUAGCCGAGGAUGCCAUUAACCCCCUUAUUAGAUUGAGUGCAGCCCAUAUUGUAUAGAAUCAUAUUAUAUGGUGUGUUUUUUCAUUAUGGAUAUAAUAGUCUAAUAAAGUUUUUAUUUAGUAAGAUAAUAUAA